AUGGCGGCCGAGCUUGAUUUUUUAAAAGGCGUUCCGGCAAAUAGAACAAAAACAUGCUUCACGCUUCCUAUGCUAAAUUCUCAUGGAUUAGAUCUAAAAUCUCCUGCCAAAUUUCUGAAAUACUCAGUUCCACUUCUUGAACUACAAAUCGGUAUUAUUGUCACCAUGACAUUUACAUUGCAUGCCCUUCUUAAGCGUUUUGGAAUCACCAUGUUCAUUUGCCAAGUUCUUACUGGCAUAAUUCUUGGACCUACAUUUCUUGGACGAUUAGAAAUCAUGAAAAAAGUAAUUUUCUCACAUGAAAGCCAAGAACUAAUCUGCACAGUGGAAUAUUUUGGUUAUGCAAUUUACAUAUUCAUAAGCGCAGUAAAAAUAGACAUCGGAGCAACAAUACGAUCAACCGGAAAAGUAGUACUUAUCACCGGGGCAGUAUCAGUAAUCGCACCAAUGGUGUUCGGGUUACUUUUAGUACGGCCACCAAUUUCAGGAUUUCUCGAAAGCGGAAUCCAUAACGAAGCAAUGCAAGUAGUUCUCAUGAACAGCUUCUCAACAUUUUCAAUAAUCAUCCAUGUCCUUGAUGAACUCAAGCUCGUAAAUACGGAAUUAGGGCUCUUAGCAUUAUCUGCAUCAUUAGUUGCAGACGGAGUAGGUUUGAGUAUUACAACAUUGGUUACUGUUCUUCAGCAGAAACUUUCCUCAAUAAGUUCAAUAAUAGACAUGUCAGCAACAACCGGAUUUAUGAUUUUCUCCGGAUUUAUAAUCCGACCCGUGCUUUUUCUUAUAAUUCGAAAAACCCCUCAAGGAUCCGCCAUUAAUUCCGACGUUACUUAUAUACUUAUCGCAAUGGCGUGUAUGAGCGCAGUAUAUUUUCAUGUUUUUCAUCAGCUGCAAUGUAUCGGAGCUUUUGCUUUCGGGAUGAUGAUACCAGCCGGACCGCCGUUAGGAUCGGCAUUGGUGAAAAAAUUUGACACUUUUAUGUUUUCAAUAUUACUUAGUGUUGGUGUGGCUACAUCGGUUAUGAGGGCAGAUUUGAGUUUGAUUAUAUAUAAAUUUGAUGAUAUAAAUUUAUAUUUGAUGAUCAUAAUAUUGACAUUUGGAGCUAAAUUAGUGGCUUGUUUGUUACCUUCGUUAUAUUGGAAUAUACCAUUCAUUGAUUCUCUAAUUUUUGCUGUUAUUAUGACUUGCCGAGGUAACAUUGAGCUGGCUUAUUACAUACUCGCAAGAGAUACUCUGAUGAUAAGUGAAGAUGUUUUCGCCUUGUUGAUUUUAUGCAUGAUACUCAAUUCAACUUUUGUUGCAAUAACUGUGAAAUGCCUCUACGAUCCUUCAAGAAAAUAUGCAGGCUAUCAAGCGAGGAACAUCUUGCAUUUAAAGCCAAAAGCUGAGCUCCGAAUUCUUGCCUGCGUUCACCAACCAGAGAAUAUAACUUGUAUCAUCGGACUACUUGACGCUUUUCACGCGAACAAAGACAGAUUCAUUUCUCUUUAUGUCCUCCAUCUCAUCCAACUCAUCGGACGAAACACGCCGUUAGUCAUAUCCCACCAAAAGCAGAAACCAGUAUCGGACUCACGCGCCCAUAAUGUUGUCAUCUCGUUCAGUCAAUAUGAGCAAAGAAACUGGGACAGUGUAUCGGUUUCUACUUUUACUGCAUUAUCGCCGUCGAAAUCGAUGAAUGGGGAUAUAACUCUACUCGCAUUCGACAAGCUCACGUCUCUAAUAUUACUUCCGCUCCAUCGAAAAUGGUCUAUCCAUGGAAUUAUUACAGCUGAAGACAAUUUUAUAAGAACCGUAAACUUAAAGGUUCUUGAGAAAGCUCCUUGUUCAGUCGGAAUCUUUUUCGACCGGGGAAAACUAGGACGUGGUGCCUCCGAAGCGUCGUCAUCAAAGACAUCGCGUUCUAUCUGUAUGAUCUUUUUAGGGGGUCCUGACGAUCGUGAGACGUUAUCUUUAGCAAAACGAAUAUCGAAGGACUCAAGCGCGAGCGUAACAGUGAUCCGUUUUAUUCCAGAAUCUGUUCAUUUAAUAGACUCUGAAGAGUCACUGCUCGACGCUUGGGCGCUGGAGGAAAUCAAGCAAAUAGUUGAUAAUAGUAAAUCUAAGUCAAAUUUAGAAUACAGAGAACAUACUGUGAAAGAUGGAGCUGAUACCGCGUUUGCUCUCCGUUCCAUAGCUGAUGACUAUGAUCUAUUCUUAGUUGGGCGACGCUUUGGCAUAGAAUCUCCUCAAACAGGUGGUUUAUCAGAAUGGCCAGAGAUUCCGGAGCUGGGAAUUAUAGGAGACCUACUUGCCUCCAAGUAUCUCAACACCAAAGCAGCUGUUCUGGUGGUGCAACAACAAAAGAAGUUGAAAUAGCUAGAUAGGACCAAUGUGUCAGAUUUACGAGAAAAUACAACUAUGAAUCGGCAAUUUCAUUUCAUAUCAGUAUCCGGCAUGAAAUGGCAAGCCGAUGCCAUGAUUUUCAUCCACAAUU